UAAUAAACCUGCCAUGGUCACAACUCAUCAUGGACCUAGAAUUCUAACAAUUUUUCUAUAAAUUUUUAUAAUUUAUACUGCUUUUUCCUAGUGUGUAUUUCAGAAGAAAAAUGGGAAAUCCAUGACAGUGAAGAUCAGAAUGAAAAUCGUGGGACAGAUCUAAGCAAUCAAAUGGUAGAAAGACUCUGUAAAAGUAAAGAAUGUAGUCAGUAUGAAGAAAUCUUCAGCCAGAUUCCAUAUCAUAAUCAGAAGAAGAAAAGUCCUACUGGAAUAAAACUACGUAAAUGCACUUUGUGUGGACAAGUCUUCAUGUAUCAUUCAUCCUUUAACAAGCACAUGAGAUCUCACAUUGGCCACAAACCAUAUGAGUAUCAGGAAUGUGAAGAGAAGCCUUAUAAAUGUAAGGAAUGUGGGAAAUCCUUCAAGCAUCGCCAAUCCAUUCGAAUGCAUGAAAGGACACACACUGGACAGAGGCCCUAUGAAUGUAAACACUGUGGGAAAGCUUUUAUUUGUCACAAUUACUUUCAAAUUCAUGAAAGGGCACACAGUGGGGAAAAGCCCUACAAGUGUACAAAAUGUAGUAAAACCUUUAGUUAUUCAAGUAACUUACGUAAACAUGAAAGGACUCAUAUUGGAGAGAAACCUAGUGAAUGUAAGCAAUGUGGUAAAGCUUUCAGUUGUCUCAGGUCCUUUCGAAUACACGAAAGGAUACACAGUGCCAAAAAGCCUAAGGAAUGUACAAAAUGUGGUAAAACCUUCAGUUAUUCAAGUAAUUUACGUAAACAUGAGAGAAGUCAUAAUGGGGAGAAACCCUAUGAAUGUAAGGAAGGUGGGAAAGCCUUGCAUUCUCUUACCAAAUUUCGACGAUACAUGAUGAAGCAAAGUGGAGAUGGACUCUAUAAAUGUAAGGAGUGUGGGAAAGCCUUCAGGUGUCCCAAAAAUUGUCGUAGUCAUGAAAUGACACACAGUGGAGUAAAGCCCUAUGAAUGUAAGGAAUGUGGUAAAGCUUUCAGUUCUCCCAGGUCCCUUGGAAAACACAGAAGAAUUCAUACUGCAAGGAAGCCUCAUGCAUGUAAGGAAUGUGGUAAAGCUUUCCGUUAUCCCAGUUCCCUUCGAAAUCAUGAAAGAACUCAUACUGGGGAGAAACCUUAUAAGUGUAAGGAAUGUGGGAAAGCUUUCAGUUGUCCCAAUUACUUUCGAAUUCAUGAAAGAACUCACACCGGAGUCAAGCCAUAUGAAUGUAAGCAAUGUGGAAAAGCUUUCAGUUGUCCCCAGUCCUUUCGAAUACACGAAAAGACACAUAGUGCAGAAAAACCCUUUGAAUGUACAAAAUGUGGUAAAGUCUUCAGAUAUUCAAGUAACUUACGCAAACAUGAGAGAUCUCAUACUGAUGACAAACGCUAUGAAUGUAAACUAUGUGGUAAGGCCUUCAGCAGUCACUAUUAUGUGCAAAAACAUGAAAGAACUCACACUGGAGAAAAGCCUUAUGAAUGUAAGGAAUGUGGGAAAGGCUUCAUUUUUCGCUCAGGUGUUCGAUCACACAUGGUAAUCCACACUGGAGAUGGACCUUACAAAUGUAAGAAAUGUAAGAAAGCAUUUAUUUCUCCCAGUUCAUUACGAACGCAUGAAAGAACUCACACUGGAGAGAAACCUUAUCAAUGUAAAACUUGUUGUAAAGGCUUCAGUCUUGUUAAUUCUUUACGAAAUCAUGAAAGAACUCAUGUGAAAGAAAGUCUGUGAAAAUAAGGAAUGUAAGAAAGCUGUCAUCUGUUGUAUAGUCUUUCAUGCAUGCUGGAGAGAAAUUACAGAAAUGUACGGAAUGUAGGAAAGCCUGUUUUUUUUAGAACUUACCAAAAAAGUCAGUGGAGAGAAUUCCAUUGGUGGUAAACAAUGUAGGAAAUCUUCAUUUGUCUCACAUCACGGAAAAACCAGGUUAGAUUAUUCACUGAAUUCAUACUAUAGAGCUAACAAAAACUAUAAUUUUUACAGAUAUUUUCAAGGUAGUGUGGAAAUUAUAUGGGAAAGAAAUAAGUAAUAUGGGUAAGCUUUGUGAACAUGAAUUCAUGUAGAAUACUUCUGAAGAUCUACAACAUUAAAGAAAUGUAAUAAAUGUUACAUGGUCUUUAUCAGGUAUUCAUUCUUAAAGUAAUUCUUUGUACCAUGGACUUCCACUUACUUUUGCAAGCAGAUAUUGAAGUGAGAUAAUUAUGUAGGUACUUUUCAAGCGAGAGUUCCUAAGUUUAGAAAGUAAAUUUUUCCUUAGUAAUAUUUUUGUAUUCUUAUUUUGAAGUCUGUUGGGUCCAUGGGUGAUUGAAGUAUAUUUCUAAUA